ACACACAGGUUGACUGUUUCUAUGGCAAUGCGGUGUAGAGAGUGUUCCUCCGUCAUUUAGCCACGGGAUAUAAAGUAACUUGGAAACACGGACUGGGAAAAAAAAAGAGAGGAAGGUUUUGUUUGUGUCUCCGAAGGAGGAAGGACAAAUAUGUUAGUAGGGGAACAGAUCCCUUUCAUGGUGGUGUUUGUGGGGACGAUUUUACUGGGCACGACGGGGAAUGUCAUCGUGCUUUUCGCCUUCAUCAGCAACGCGGUGAAACACCGGCGUUUCCCGCCGCUCGACAGGGUGAUCGUCAACCAGACCUUUGUCAACCUGUUGCUCUGCUUCUACCAGGGCAUCCCGCGAGUGCUGAUGUUCUACGGGGUGGAACUUUUCGAGGAGACCGGCUGCAUUAUCCUGGUCUACCUCAGCUCCUCGCUCAGGUCCAUCAGCAUCUGGACGGUCUCCAACCUCAGUUUCCUCCACUUGGUCAAGAUCAACCGGCCGCGCUGCGCCCUGGCCAGUUACAUCAGCAGCCACCAGAGCAGCUAUGUCAACGUGACCAUCAGCGCCCUGUGGCUCACCAGCUUCAUCUUCUAUGUCCCCUACACCCUGGACAAGAUCAUCCACAUGUCGCAGGAGAACGAGUCCAACCCGGUGAAGUACAUGCCCAGCUCCAGUUGCAACGGCAUGUCCACCAGCUCCGCUUCUGAUAUAGUCACCUACAUCUCGGUCAGCCUGGAUAUCAUCGCCAUCCUCUGGGUGGUGGUUCUGAACGGGCUGAUCAUCCAGCUUCUGUGCAAACACCAACGGCGAGUGGCGGCAGCGGGCCAGGGAUUAAAUUCCGCCAACAAGACCCCACACCAGGCCACCCGCAUCCUCGUCUCCUUGCUCUGCAUCUACGUGGCUUGCUGGAUCUCCAACGAUAUCGUCUGGAUUAUGUUGAUCGCGAGAAUAGCGCCCGGACAAGAUCGGAACCAGACACUAAAAUACACUUCCAGUUUCCUCUCCUCUCUCUACUACUCCGCCAGCUCAUACGUUCUGGUUUUUGGCCACAGGAACGUUAAAGAUGUGUUCAACCCUGUCUGCAAACUCUUGAAACAGAGGAAGACCACGCAGUUUCAAGAUGUGGAAAUAUAGUAUACUGUUUUGGCGUUUAAAAUAAAAUAGCAAAAUAACGAGGCAAUAGAAUGUUAACACCAUCUGACUGGAUAAGCAUGGAUAUCAAUAUAUCACCGGUAUUGAAUCACUAAUAGACUAAUAGAAAUGGUCAUUUGUAAUUUUACAGUAGAAAGGAAGAAUAACAUUAGGACAGAUUGAUACAGAACAGAAGGUGUGCAUUGGGUUAUGUGGGUUGGUGUAUUUACCCCAUUAAUCCCAUCAGGAGCAGAAGGCCAUCAGGAUGGUUUGUAGGUAGGAACUCAGUCUGAGCCACUCGAGGCCUGGCCACUGCUCAUGCAACCAGGGUACUGAGGCCUCCUGGACGUUGGGAGCUCCCUGGUCACCAUGGUAAAUCCAACCAGCGGCAUCACCUGGGUGGUGAGUCUAUGGAAUUAAUUGUCACAGA